AUGGCAGGCUUUAUGAAGACAGCAGCAUUCGUGCUGGCCGCGACCGCUGUCUCAAAGGUCUCGGCUCAGACUUUCUCAGACUGCAACCCAUUGUUCAACACCACUUGCACACCGAACCCUGCCUUUGGUACAUGGCAUGACUGGAACUUUACAGACUCGGUCAUUGCAGAUACCAAGAUCUGGAACACAACUGGUGGUACUCCAGACUAUACCGAUGUUGGCGCUCAAUUCACAAUCAACGGCAAAGGCGACAGCCCGACUCUCGAGUCCAACUUCUACAUGUUCUUCGGACAAGUCAGCGUCAUAAUGAAGGCCGCACCAGGUGUCGGCAUCGUAUCAUCAGUCGUCCUCGAAUCUGACGACCUUGACGAGAUUGAUUGGGAGUGGCUGGGUGGAAACAACACAAGCGUCGAGACAAACUACUUCGGCAAGGGCAACACGACCUCAUACGAUCGCGCCAUCUACUACGAUGUCGACGAUGUCACAGGCACCAUCCACAACUACACCCUCGACUGGACGAAAGAGCAAUUGCAAUGGAUCGUCGACGACAAAGUGCUGCGUACGCUGAAGUACGCAGAUGCUCUCAAUGGCGAGAACUACCCCCAGACUCCUAUGAAACUCAAGAUUGGUAUCUGGGCAGGAGGUGACCCAGACUCGAACUCCAACGGCACUAUCGAAUGGGCUGGAGGUAUUGUGGACUACCAUCAAACGCCCUUCACCAUGACUAUGGAGCGUGUCUACGUAGCCGACUACAGCACUGGCAGCACCUACACUUACGGCGAUCAAACCGGCUCCUGGGAGUCCAUCAAGAUAGCAGCUGGCAACAGCACCGUCGCUCAACGCCUCUCCAAACCCCAUGGCGCUGAGGCACACUACAAGGCUCUCCCCAAAUGGGCACAAGCUGCAAUUGCCGCUGGUUCGGUAGCAGUCUUCGCCAUUGCUUUGGUAGCCUUCAUCUUCUGCUGCAUCAAGUCGAGACGUGCUGGCCGCCGUGAACGUGAUGCAGCCGAUGCGCAGUGGGAGAAGGAUAUGCAAGAGUUGGCCGAGUACAAGCGUAACUCGCCUCAUGGUCCCAAUGGUGGUGCUGGCAAAGAAUACUUCUAA